UUCCUGAAGUUUUUUUUCUCAGAAACUUUAUUGAUCAUUUCAGUCAGUUUAAAAAAACAAACAAAAAAAAACUUUAUUGAUUGUUCCGGGAGUUUUUCGUGUUCAGGAAAACUUUGUUCCGUUGGUUAUUCCGUGUCUAAAAAUGCCGUGUUCCUAACAAACAAACACGGUUCUUUUCCGUGAGUUUGAUGGAAAAUGUCGUCGCAGUUUAAAGUGAACGAACUUUUACAAGUUGACAUAUGUGACGUGUUCACCGGAGAAAACUUUGACAACUUUGAGCCCAAACAUCAGGACGAUUUCUGCGGCUUUGAGCGCUGGACCGAGUCACCGUCAGAACCGUCACCAGCUCCGGCUCGCCCCGGUUCUGUGACCCAGGAGAGCGGCACCAUGAGCGGACACUGCAGUGACACUGAGUCCCGCUGUGACGGACUCUCCGCGGCCAGGUCCGCCAUACUAGACUGCCUCCUGGUGGAACUGUAUGAGACGUGCAGCAGCAGGAGAACCCUGGACAGCUGGGACAGCUCAACCGAAGCUUCCGGUUCUGAUGCGUUUCUGGGCCGAAGCAACUGCGGCUCUAGUUUCCUGCAGGAGCUUCAGCUGAAACACACCCGGAGGCUGCAGGUGAACUACCUGCAACAGAAGGCUCCAGAGGAGCUGCAGUCGAUCAUCCAGGAGGUGAAAUAUCGUACAAGUCUUCAGUCGGCCAAACUGAUUCGUCAGCUGAGGAGACGAGACCGUCUUUGUCACAAACUACAGAAGAACUAUGACAUCAUCACAGCGUGUCUUCAAGCUGUCUCUCAAAAACGACGUGUUGACACCAGGUUGAAGUUCACCAUUGAACCGUCGCUGGGAAAGAACGGAUUCCAGCAGUGGUACGAUGCCCUGAAAGCUGUGGCCAGACUUCAUACUGGGAUUCCAAAGGAAUGGAGGAAGAGGGUUUGGCUCACACUCGCUGACCAGUACCUUCACACCAUCUCCAUCGACUGGGAAAAGACACUUCGCUUUGCCUUUAAUGAGCGCAGCAACCCGGACGACGACUCCCUCGGCGUCCAAAUCGUCAAGGACCUGCACAGGACUGGAUGCAGUUCUUACUGUGGCCAGGAGGGGGAGCAGGACCGAGUGGUGCUGAAGAGGGUGUUGUUGGCGUUUGCUCGCUGGAAUAAAAGUGUGGGUUAUUGUCAAGGUUUUAACGUCCUGGCUGCAUUAAUACUGGAGGUGACGGAGGGAGACGAGAGUGACGCACUGAAGGUGAUGAUUUACCUGAUUGACAAAGUUCUGCCUGAAAGUUAUUUUGCCAACAACCUACGAGCUUUGUCAGUGGACAUGGCCGUGUUUCGGGACCUGCUGCGUCUCAAACUUCCCAGACUUUCCCAGCAUCUCCAUCACCUUCAAAAAGCAGCAAACAGAGAAGCUGGAGGCAGUUACGAGCCUCCUCUCACUAACGUGUUCACCAUGCAGUGGUUCCUCACCAUGUUUGCCACCUGCCUGCCUUCGUCUACAGUUCUCAAGAUCUGGGACUCGGUCUUCUUUGAAGGUUCUGAGAUUCUGUUUCGCGUCGCUCUCGCUAUCUGGGAGCGACUGGGAGAGAGGAUCGAGUACUGUCCCACAGCAGAUGACUUCUACAGUACCAUGGGUUGUUUGACUCAGGAAAUGUUAGAGAAGAACCUCGUUGAUCCAGGUGAACUCAUGCAGGAAGUGUAUUCCAUGGCGGUGUUUCCUUUCCCUCAGUUGUCUGAGCUCAGAGAGAAAUACACAUACAACAUCACUCCAUUCCCCACAUCUGUCAAAUCCAAUGGAAGUGGUGUGGGCAGCUGGGAAAGUGAUGAUGAUGAUGCUGACAUGGAUGAUGAAGACUCUGUGGUCACUGCUCUCGGGUGUUUGGGGCCACUGGGAGGUUUACUGGCCCCAGAGCUGCAGAGAUACCACAGACACCUGCGAGACCAGAGAACAGAGCAGGGAAACUUCACACAGCUGAGCCCGGGCGCAGUGGGAGGAGCAGGGGGAGGGGCCAGGGCGGAGCAUCAAGCUGCCAUCAACAGUAUGAUGAUGGAGAGAAUGAGCACCGACAUCUAUGCCUUAAAGAAACAGUACACUCGUAUCAAGAGACGACAGCAGCAACAGGCCAUGCAACUGUACAUACGCACAGGACUUGGACGUGAAGUUCCCAUGAGUGCAGGACUUCUUCAGGAACAGAUGGACAAACCCAGGAACAGUUCUGACCGAUACUCUGAUGAAAAAUGUCCUGCAACUCGUGUCCUCGCCUCUCAGCUCAACCCGUCCAGUGCCGUCAUCAACCACCUGCUGCUGGGUCGUAAACCACGUAGCAGACCCACAUCCACCAGUCACAGCUCCCCCUGCAGGCAGCACUGGGGAUCACUGCCCUCCCACAGCAGCAGACCUCCAGGAAACGACAGCAGCGAGUCUGGGUCACCGUGGCGAGCUCAUGUCCGGGUUCAUCGCAGGAACGUAGCCCGGGCUCGAGCUCAGCUGGGAUUUGAAGAUUCAGAGGAAAGAGAGGAUGAAGGUGAAGAGGAAAACAAGAGGAACGAUGAUGAUGAUCAGAAUAAAGACGAGAGUGAUGUCACCGUUUCUCCUUCGUCUGAUCCUUCUGUUACUGGUUCAGUUUGUGAAGAAGCUCCUCAAGUUUCUGAUGAAACAAACACAGCACAAGUUUCACAGGUUGUGGUGAAAUUAGAGAACGAGUUGAAGCCAGAAACACAACCUUCAGUCCCUGAACCUCCAGCUCAUUCAGUCCCUGAACCUCCAGCUCCUUCAGCUGCCGAUGUUCCUGCAGCUCCUCCAGCUGCCGAUGUUCCUGCAGCUCCUCCAGCUGCCGAUGUUUCAGCAGGUGAAGAUGCUGUAGAUCUUCCUGCAGGUGAAGAUGGAUGUGGUCCUUCAGUUCCUCCUCCUUCUUCAAACAGGCACAAAGAGUCAGACUCCUCAGCUUCCAAGAGAAACACCACCUCUUCACCUCCAUCACUCCACCUCUCCGCCGCCUGCAUGCCUUCUUCUUCCUCCUCCUCCUCAAUCCUGAGUUCAUCUCUCUCUCCUGUCCCCACAUCACUUCCUUCUGGCUCCGUCUCUCCAACACCAGACCCUACCUCCUUCCUCCCUCUCUCGCUUCCUGCUUCCUCCACCUUUUAUAAAACCUCCUGUCCCUCCACUCCCUCUCUCUGCUCCAUCUCCUUAUCCUCUAAAUCUCUCAUCUCCUCCUCCCCGUCCACGCCGGUGUUAAGCUCCACCUCCUCCACUCCCAAACAGCAGCAGCUCUUCUCUCCGUUCCCAAGCGUGAAACAUCCCAGAAAGUCGCCGGCAGCGAGAAACCUCGGUCUGUACGGACCUACGUCCAGAACUCCCACCGUCCACUUCCCUCAGCUGAGCCGCAGUAGAGCGGCCGGAACCACGGACAGGAGAUGAUCUGUCUGUGCCACACUGCCCCCUGCUGGUCAACAAAACAACUCUCUCAUAGAAAACAAGUUCACAAACAUUAAAGGUGUAGUUCAGGGGAAGUCAUAGUGUGAGCUGACUGUGCUGCGAGAGCCCCCUGCUGGUGACAACAGUGUAUGACAGUAUCUCAUAUAAUCACACUUCCCUGUGGACCCUAACCCUGGAGUAUGAAUGAAAUUAGUAUGUAUGAAGUUCUUUACUUUGUGGUCUAUGCAGCUUCUUAUUGACCAUGAUGAUGAUGUGUGCUGAUUAUGUAUGAAGACAAACUGUCCAGUUGUGUUUCUAAGCCAAGUAUUAAACCACUACACAAUAAAGUAAAUAUACCUGUG